CUUGUAACUUCUUUUUAUUCAUCGAAAAAAACAUAAAAAUAAUCAACUUAACCAGAGAGCAAAGACGAAGAGAAGAUGCAUUACUGGGUUCGAGCUUCUUCCUCUGAUUUCGCCGGAACUCUUCCCCAACCUCGCAGUGGUCACACUGCCGUCAACAUUGGAAAAUCCAAAGUGAUCGUGUUCGGAGGCCUUGUAGAGAAGAGGUUUCUCAACGAUAUCGUCGUCUAUGACAUUGAUAAUAAACUAUGGUAUAAGCCAGAGUGCACUGGCGGCACUGAUGGACAAGUGGGUCCAAGUCCUCGGGCAUUUCACGUUGCUGUUGUGAUUGAUUGUCAUAUGUUCAUCUUUGGUGGGCGUUGUGGUGGCAAGAGGUUAGGUGACUUUUGGGUCCUAGAUACUGAUAUAUGGCAAUGGUCAGAGUUGACAAGCUUUGGUGACUUACCCUCAGCAAGAGACUUUGCUGCAGCUUCAGCUAUUGGAAAUCAGAAAAUUAUUAUGUAUGGUGGCUGGGAUGGUAAAAAGUGGUUGUCAGAUGUGUACGUCUUGGACACAAUAUCACUAGAGUGGAUGGAACUGUCAAUUACUGGUUCACUGCCACCACCUAGAUGUGGCCACACAGCUACUAUGGUUGAAAAACGGUUGCUUGUCUAUGGCGGCAGAGGAGGUGGAGGUCCUAUCAUGGGUGAUUUAUGGGCUUUGAAGGGUGUAAUCGCAGAAGAAAAUGAAACACCUGGAUGGACCCAACUGAAGCUUCCAGGUCAAGCUCCUUCCGCACGUUGUGGCCAUACCAUCACAUCUGGAGGACACUAUCUGUUGCUAUUUGGAGGCCAUGGAACUGGAGGCUGGUUGAGUCGUUAUGACAUCUAUUACAAUGACUGCAUCAUCUUAGACAGGGUUUCUGCACAGUGGAAGCGGUUACCUACUGGCAAUGAACCCCCUCCUGCUCGAGCAUACCAUUCACUGACAUGCAUUGGCUCACGUUAUCUGUUAUUUGGUGGCUUUGAUGGCAAAUCCACAUUUGGUGAUCUAUGGUGGUUGGUUCCUGAAGAGGACCCUAUUGCAAACAGGCUUCGUGCAACUUCACCAACCAAUAUUACCGAAAAUAAGGAUGUCAUGAUGGAAAAUAAUAAUGUCCAAUCUGAACUCAAGGAAAGCGAAACAGAAGAAUCUGCUGUCUCAGAAUUACAAAAAAGAUUAGGAAUAUCAGUUUCUCUCCCUAGUAAUGGGGUUCCUGUUGUGGAUGAGUUAGAAGACAGAGAACUUAUUGAACUAGCUUCAAGUUUGGUUGGGGAAAGAGAUACUACUCGUGAACAUAUUUCACAUAUUCAGGCACUUCGUGACCACUGGAGGAAUUCUACUGCAAGGUUCAUACCACUUAAAGAGCUUGGGCCUUUGCUUCGGGACUACCAACGCCAAAUUACUCGUCGUCACCUGGAGAAUGGCGGAUCUGAUCCCGAGUUGGUUGAGUCUGGUUCUCCUGGAAAAGUGGCUUAUGGUUUCUAUCAUAUUAGAAAUGUUAAUCAGGGUGCUGAUGAUUUUCAGUUGCGUAUGGAUGACAUUCCAAAGCUGCUGGCAGAGUACAAACAACUACUUAAUUAAGGGAGGGACGUCCCUUCGGGUAAAUUAGAAGAGGAGGAAAAAACAAAGCAAACGAAGCAUUUCCUCUACAGAUAUUCUGACUUGCAUUUUGCACUCUCCAGUUUCACUGGCACAAAGCUUCCGUUGUGAAAUAUGAACUCAUAACUAGAGUAGUGCAAAGACCUAGAUGUCUACUACGGAAUUGAUGUGAAGUAGACAAUAUCAGUACCAUUUUUAUAACCUCCGAAAUCCACUGCUUUUUUGAUGGUUUAUAUGAGUUACUGUACUAUGUGGCUUCUGUUGACCUUAUUAAGGUAUACAGAUGUUUGUAUAUUAAAAUAUAUAUUUACAUCCAUAAUUUC